AUGUACCGUUGCCAUGGAAACUGCAGCCCUCGAAGAGGAAUAAAGGGGACUGACAAGACGACCCCCGGUGCGAUCGACCACGGCCAACUCCAGAGAGAUCGCUCACCGUGGACCCCAGAGCGACCGCUCACUACCGAAGCACUAAAAGACUUGGAUUCUGAGACGUCGCAGAUCCAUGGUGGUGACAAUUCUCGCAACUCUAUCCCGAAUGGGCAAGUGGCGGAAUUAAAGGAACAGCUUGAAGGAGAGAGAGACCAGGUGAAACAUCUGCAGAUUGCUCUUAAGGAGCAACUCCUUGCGGGCACUGCCCACGAGGAAAUACCCCCAAGAUUGGAAACUGGUUAUCCUUUUAACGACUUGCAGGCAGUGAGAGAAAAAGUAGAGAAAUUAGAACCGCCGCUCUUGCUGCGACCCUUGGUUAAGACCGAGUAUAUUUAUGAUGAUGAUCAGGAUCAGUUCCCCCAAGUUACAACCAAGGAGGUCCCCUAUACUGCCACCGAGUUCGCAAAAUUAAAAAAGGAUUUUGGUCAAACCCUUAGGGAGUUGGAGACGGAGUAUAUGUGGAGAGUAUUGUUAUCUGGGCGGGAUCAGAUUUUGUUAAGUGAAAAGGAGGCGGAAAGGUAUUGGGAACCGGGAGUAUUAUUGACUACCGGGAAUUACCACGCCCUUUGGUCUUUAACCCAGUGGGCACCCUAUUGGGUGGGGGGUUUGAACCCUUUGGAGAGGGGGGAUCCCCUCGCAAUCACGGGGACUGUUGAUCAAUUAGUGGAAAGUGCGCAUAAGGCAGCUUGCUUGCAGAUGAUGUAUGAUUGGAAGUUGGAGCCUAGGCAGGAGUCCCCGAUGAUGAUGCCUGUAGAUCCUGAGCCAAUGACUGCCCUUAUGAGGGGACUCCCCGAUUCCUUAAAGCCGAUUGGUAUACAGUUACAGGGGAAAAUACAGGCAAUGCUUCAGAGCGAAAGAGUUGCAGCUGCUUUAGAAGGACUUACACCUGAUCGGCACUGCUGGUCCCCGGAUAGGAAGAUGUGGACUUGGGGGGAGGUCUCCCAAGAAUUGAUCAAUUACAGGCACAAGUAUGGCCCCGUAAACCUUCCGACCACUAAAACAGACCCUAGAGGCCUAAGGCGAGCUGAAGUAAAAAUGGUUCCAUGCCCUGAAGGUGAUGGAAAAACACCCCUCACUAAACCACCUGGAGGGAGGGACAUCCCAAAUAAGCGCAGCAGUCUGUGGGCAAAGGGGUGCCAAAAGGGGAUCCUGUGUGACUUAAUGGAUGGAUUGCCAACUGACAAGGUAGAAAAACUGGUGUCUGAAUGGCCUGAUAAAUUGGCAGAUAAAGAGACGGGUUCUAAAAAUACCACCCUGAGUGCACCCUCUUUAAUUGACUUAUCAGAAACAAAAUCAGAAACAAAGGUCCCCCGAUAUUUGGCGGAAAACUAG